AUGUCAACAACUCAAUCACGAAACCCCUCCUCGUUUUCUCAAUCACAGCGCAACAACUCCCACUUCUCGAAAAGUACAUCCAUUUCCGCCACACCAUCUUCCUUCUCAGCCAGCGUUGGCAGCGGUAUUCGACCUCCUAGUAUCCAAGCCUCGUCGAGUCUCGCGCGGCCGAAAUCUUCCCUGGCGAAAGAAAAAGCAGCAAGAGGGGCCGACGCGAGGCCUGCUACAGCUCUUGGAACCCGUGGAGGAAAUCAGAAUGGCCCUAAUAAACGUAUGGUUUCUAUCUCCAAUUUCCCUUUACCCUAUGGCACCCGUACCCCGGUCAAUGGAUCUGUGUCUACACAAAACAGACUGCUUCGAAGUCUCUCCCACAAUGGAAAGGUCCUUGGCCCACCCGUGCGCCCCAACGGCCCCAGUCGAGAAGUCUCUUUGACCGCCUCGAUCACGACGGGUCUUGCAAAUCUCUCCUUGUGUCCGGAAACGCCGAAGCAGAAAAAGCCAGAGAGCCCUUCAAGGAUUCCUGUUCCGUCUCCGCGCACUCCCACAGUGGCGGAACCGCCGAUAUUCUCCCCCCCACCCCUCCCAAAACCACCUGCCACGUCUCCCCGUAAGAAAAAACAAGAAACUUUUCUGACAAAGGAUUCAAAUUUAGAAGCCUGGGAUCCCGAGGAACAAUAUGGCAACAUGGAGAGGAUGUACGAGGAUGUAUGCAGGCAUUACAAACAAGCCAUGGAGGAUAAUGUGGAAGCGAAAGAGAUCAACAUUUCUUACAAGUCGACCAUUGCCAAUCUCGAGAGGGAACGCAAAGAACUCACGGAGUCCAUGAUAGCGCUCAGGUGUGAGUUGGAAACGACAAAAUAUCGACUCGAAGCCGCUGAGCGGGCAGCCCAAGAAUUGAGACGUGACAAUGAAGAAGAAAUCGAAGAGCUCAAGCGUGAGCACCGGAUAGACAGCGAAAACAUGCGGCAGUCUCACCGGGAAGACCUGGAUCGUCUCAAGGCCGACCACCGAGAGGAGAUCAGAGAGUUGAAGAGAAGGCUGGAAGACGAAUUGGAAGCCGAAAGAAGUCAACGAUUACAAGCUCUAGCCCAGGUUUCCACCCAAGGUGCACUUGAAAAACAACGACACGAAAUGGAUCUGCAGUCGAAAGAACAGGAGGUCCGAACUAUCAACAUGGAAAUUGGAAGACUCAAAGCAGACCUCGAACGAGAGAAAAUGCUGAACAAUGACCUCCGCCAGAACCUAGCCACAGCCGGGACGAAUGCGGUUUCGAUGGAGAGCGCGCGGCAGGCUCUACAAGCCAAGAUCGAAUUUCUUGAGUCCGACAACAAAUCACAGUCGGAAGCAUAUGCCGCUAUGGAGAGGCGAAUGAAUGAAGCUCUUGAGAAAGCGGCCGAAUGCGAAGACAAACUUAGGAAGGAAGAAAUGCUUCGACGCAAAUUACACAACCAGGUGCAAGAGUUGAAAGGCAACAUUCGAGUUUUCUGUCGUGUCCGGCCGACGAUCGACGCGGACCAGGCCGAAGAAACAGCCAAAAUCACAUUCCCAGAGACGGACGAAGAAUUAAAGGACAUUGAAGUCAAAGGACCCGACGAGACCAACAGUCUAGGAAAGGUGACUACAAAGACACACGCGUUCUCGUUCGACCGAGUAUUCAAUCCAUCGAACAACAAUGCAGAAAUAUUCGAGGAGAUCAGCCAGCUGAUUCAAUCCGCGCUGGACGGCUACAAUGUGUGCAUUUUUGCGUAUGGCCAGACCGGAUCAGGCAAGACCUUCACCAUGUCAUCGGACGAUGGGAUGAUCCCACGAGCACUGAGACAGAUUUACAGUACGAGCAAGGAGCUCGAAAGCAGAGGGUGGAAGUACACCAUGGAAGGCAGUUUUGUCGAGGUAUACAAUGAGGAGUUGCGGGACUUGUUGGGCAAGGAAGGCGAGACCAACAAGAAACACGAGAUCCGACAUGACAUGGCAACUUGCGAAACGACCAUCACGGACGUUACCACGGUUUGUCUGGACAGCCAGGAACAAGUGGAGGGGAUCCUCGCGCAAGCCAUGGCUCGACGAUCCGUGGCCGCCACAAAAGCCAACGAACGCAGCAGUCGAAGUCAUUCUGUGUUUAUUCUCAAGCUGUCGGGUUACAAUUCCAUCACGGGCAAAAAGAGCAAAGGUACUUUGAACUUGGUGGAUCUAGCUGGGUCGGAACGGCUUUCUCAUUCAAAAGUCGAGGGCGCCCGGCUCAAGGAGACUCAGAACAUCAAUAAGUCCCUGUCAUGUCUGGGUGAUGUGAUUGGAGCUCUAGGUCAACAGCAAGCAGUGACAGCAGGCGCCGCAGGUGGUGGUGUGGGUUCAUCAAGAGACAGCAGCAGCAGCAGCGGAGGUGGAAGUUCGUUUGCAGGAACUCAUAUCCCGUACCGCAACAGCAAACUUACUUACCUGCUACAAUUCAGCCUCGGGGGAAACAGCAAGACGCUCAUGUUUGUCAUGGUCGCGCCGGAGAAGAAGUGUCUCGCCGAAACGAUUACGAGUCUGAAAUUCGCUGAUAAGGUGAGUAGGACGAGGAUCGGGGUUGCGAAGAGAAUCAAGUAG